AUGGAGACUAGGAAGAAGAAGAAGAAGAAGAAGAAGAAGAAGAAGAAGAGAGCUACAAUGGAGUACCUGGAGAAGGAAGAAGGGAGCUUCAAUGGAGCCUGGGCUUUGAUGGAGGCUUCUUUGAUGGAAGAGAUGCUGCUUCGAUGGAGGCAGCUUCGAAAACCAGCCAUCACCGAUCACCCACAAUCCAAGACUAGCGAUCACCCACAGUCGAAAUCUCAAACCCACACUACAUCGCCCAUAGAGCCUAUAGUUGAGGAUGCACUCCUGAUAUCGCCUCUACAUGUUGUAGAGAGGUCAACACCAAUAGAGGAUGUCACUCAAGAGAGUGAGCCACAUGUUGAUACCACUCCAUUUGUUGAUCUUAAGUCCCAUAUUCGAGCCCGAGGAUCGCAGGUUUCGAUGGAGACUAGGAAGAAGAAGAAGAAGAAGAAGAAGAAGAAGAAGAAGAGAGCUACAAUGGAGUACCUGGAGAAGGAAGAAGGGAGCUUCAAUGGAGCCUGGGCUUUGAUGGAGGCUUCUUUGAUGGAAGAGAUGCUGCUUCGAUGGAGGCAGCUUCGAAAACCAGCCAUCACCGAUCACCCACAAUCCAAGACUAGCGAUCACCCACAGUCGAAAUCUCAAACCCACAGUCGAUCACCCACAAUCGAUCACCUACACCGAAAUCCCACAACGAAAUCCCACAGCGAUCACCCACACUCGUCGUUGAUGGCUGAAGGAAAAACCAAACAUCUCUAAGGUUCUGACCAUCGACGAGCGAACGACGAAUAUGAGAAAUGAGGGAUUUUUUUUUUUUGCAACCCUAGCCACUGAAACGAUGUUGUUUCAGUGUUUAUAGGGAUUAAAAAAAUAAACUCUUGGCACAAAACGACGUCGUUUCAAAAAAUAAAAAAAAUUUGCACGUAUCGUGCGUAUCGUAACGAUUCGUAUCGUAUUGUAAAGACGUAUCGUGUAUCGUACGAUACAACGCGAAAACGAUACAUAACUACGAUCCGUAUCGUUUUAGACUCGUAACGUAUCGUAUUUUACGUAUCGCGUAUCGUACGAUACUAACAACUAUGAACCUCAGCAUACACCACCCCUGAGUGCACCUUGUCAGACACCAGCCCCUAGUGUACCUCAUCUGGAAGCAUCCCUUAUCAGACCUCAGAAUACACCACCCCCUGAAUGUGAUGUCACGCAGGAGAAUGCCAUUGUCAUUGAUGCUCCCAUUCAUGAGGCAGACACAGCCACAUAAUAUGCCUCUUCAGCUACAUCGCCCAUAGAGCCUAUAGUUGAGGAUGCACUCCUGAUAUCGCCUCUACAUGUUGUAGAGAGGUCAACACCAAUAGAGGAUGUCACUCAAGAGAGUGAGCCACAUGUUGAUACCACUCCAUUUGUUGAUCUUAAGUCCCAUAUUCGAGCCCGAGGUGAUAGAGGUUGGACUACAGUGUCGGUCGAAGAAAGUGUCUGACAGGUCAUUCAAGUAGAGCCCUCGGAGUUGGAUGUCCGACAUCCUAAACGAUUGUGGAAGAAACCAGCUUUCGGCACACAGGUUUAUCAUGACUGAACACUUCAUCACUUUAUUCAUUUGUAUGUAAUCAAGUAGUUUUUUAUUUUCUCUUUAACUUCAAUACUACUCAUGCAUAUUGAUAGGGUGCUGGUUAUGGUUGUGGUGGUUUGAUUGUGGUUUAUUUGGUUGCUCUUGUGGUUGUUUGGUUCUGGUAGUUUGGAUGUGGUUUACAGGUUCUUUUGCUUGAGUAUAUGUUAGGAGUGAUAUUGCGUAUACACGCCAAAUUUUUGGUGGGGUUCAAUUUUUAAGGGAAUCUUUGCCCAAAUUUUUUUAAAUGUAUUCAGAAAACUCAUUUUAGUUUUUCGUUCUUUAGAGUGUAUACAACUUCUAUU